AUGAAGAUCCCGAUAUGCGAGUGUAUGUCUGCGGCAAGACGUCUACUGGCUCAUGGUCUAUUCCCUUGCGCGCCUCAAGCACCCUCGGUAGCGUUCGAUAUGAACAUGCUGGAACUCGUGGCUACCCUCUUUGUGAACAUCUCGCCGAAUGUUACGGCUUUAGCCGCUACGUUAGAGUCCUUCUUGAGUGUACGACAAUACAAGGUUACGUCGAGGGACUCACUGCGAAGGCGAUUCGGUAACUCCCUCACUUGGUACAACUACUUGAUUGACACGGUACGGCACCGGACAUCAGAAGCGGUGGAACGGUCAAGGCAUGCCCUCUCGGAUCCGAGAAAGUGUGCGGCCGGAGAACCCAAGAGUGUGUUCAGUUUGUGUUCGCAAUAA